CUGGGCUGGAAAAAUCUCAUUUUUGGAUCCUCCAAGAAAUUGUAUACUGGGUGAGCGGAGCAUAUACCAAAUCAUAAUACAUCAUUUAGAACUUUCAUAGCUUCCUUCCGGAGUUGUUCAAUGGCUUCAUUGGUUCGUGUUGCUCGUGUGAAAAACGAGCUUUAUAGAAGACUACAAUGUCGCCAACUCUCUCAUCAUGUUUAUUGUCGAUCUUUGGUUUCUCUACAUGUUCAGUCUCCUAUUCAACCAAGCCUUGCCUUGCAAUGUCGAUGGUCUUCUUCCUCGGUUCCUUCUGCUAAUUUCCUAGAGGUGUACCGCCAGCUCUUUCGAAGUAAAUUUGGUAAGACUGAUCCUCCACCACCACCACCACGACGUGAGAAGUGUGUGGUUGCCAAUGAGACCAAGCCUGUGAAGGAAAGAGUAGACAAGAUUGGUAAGCAGACGGCACAGAUUAAACAGGAGAUGGUAGAGUUGGAAGCUACAAAACCACAUGAGAAGCGUGUGGUUGCCAGUGAGACCGAGCCUGUGAGAAAGAAGGAAGAGGAAAUAGUAGACAAGAUUGGUUAUGAUGAUAUUGGUGGUGUUCGUAAACAGAUGACACAGAUUCGGGAGUUGGUGGAGUUGCCAUUGAGGCAUCCACAGCUCUUUAAAUCGAUUGGUGUGAAGCCACCUAAAGGGAUUCUGUUAUACGGACCUCCAGGAACUGGAAAGACUUUGAUAGCCAGAGCUAUCGCUAAUCAAACUGGUGCUUUCUUCUCGGGUAUAAAUGCACCAGAUAUAGUGACAAGAUGGUCUGGAGAGAGCGAAAGAAAUCUCAGACAAGUAUUCGAGAAAGCAGAGGAGAAAGCUCCAUCCAUUAUCUUUAUUGAUGAGAUUGAUUCUAUAACUCCCAACCGAAACAAAACUCGUAUGGAAUAUGAGAGGAGGCUUGUUACUCAGCUCUUGACUCUUAUGGAUGGUCUUAAGUCCAGUGCUAAUGUUAUUGUCAUUGGUGCUACGAAUCGUCUCAACAGCAUGGACCCUGCCCUAAGAAGGUCUGGUAGAUUUGAUAGGGAAAUAGAAAUUGGUGUUCCAGAUAGGGUUGGGCGUCUUGAGGUUCUUCGCAUCCUUACCAAGAAAAUGAAGCUUGCUGAAAAUGUUGAUUUAGAAAGAAUUGCCAAUGACUCACAUGGAUAUGUUGGUGCUGAUUUAGCAGCUCUAUGCACUGAGGCUGCAUUCCAAUGCAUCAAGGAGAAGAUGAACGUGAUUGAGUUGGAAGAUAAGUCCAUAGAUGCUGAGAUAAUCAACUCCAUGUUUGUUUCGAAUGACCACUUUCAAACAGCUCUUGGAACAAGCAAUCCAUCUUCUCUCCGUGACACGCUUGUUGAAGUGCCUAAUUGCAGUUGGGAAGAUAUCGGAGGCCUUGAGAAUGUUAAGCGGGAGCUUCAAGAGACGGUUCAAUAUCCUGUGGAGCAUCCUGAGAAGUAUGAGAAGUUUGGCAUGUCACCCUCAAUGGGAGUUCUUUUCUAUGGGCCACCAGGAUGUGGGAAAACUCUUAUGGCCAAGGCGAUUGCCAGUGAAUGUCAGGCAAACUUUAUCAGUGUGAAGGGUCCUGAAUUGAUUGGUAUUUGGGUUGGGGAGAGUGAGGCCAAUGUUCGAGAAAUAUUUGACAAGGCUCGCAUAUCCGCUCCUUGUGUCCUAUUCUUUGAUGAACUCGAUUCACUUGCUGUCCGGAGGGGAACACAUAAAGGCUCUGGUGUUGCUGAUAGGGUUUUGAAUCAAAUCCUAAUUGAAAUGGAUGGAAUAUCUGCCAAGAAAACUGUUUUCGUUAUUGGAGCCACAAACAGGCCUGAUAUUAUUGAUCCUGCACUUUUGCGGCCUGGCCGUCUUGAUCAAUUGAUUUAUAUCCCUUUGCCUGAUGAGGAUUCUCGCCAUCAGAUUUUCAAGUCUUGCCUUAAGAAAUCUCCUGUUUCCAAAGAUGUAGACCUGAGAGCCCUUGCUAAGACCACCCAAGGCUUCAGUGGUGCCGAUAUUACGGAAAUAUGCCAACGUGCCUGCAAAUAUGCCGUAAGGGAGGACAUUGAGAAGGAUUAUGAGAGGGGGGAGAGGAUAAGGGAGAAUCCUGAGGCUAUGGAGGAGAAUGUAGAAGAUGAGGUGGCGGAGAUCGAGGUUGCUCAUUUUGAGGAAUCAAUGAAGUUUGCCCGUAGGAGUGUGAGUGAUGCUGAAAUUCACAAGUUCGAGACACUUGCUCAAACAUUGCAGCACUCUCGACGGUUCAGUAGCGAAAACUGACCCUUCCCUUUUGCUGGUGGGGCUGAUGAAGAUCACCUCCUACAUAGUUAGGUUAUUCAUACAUAUGUUUUCUUUUCUUUUUGUGUCGACUUUUCAUUCUACUUCUUAAAUGUAUGCAACUGUUGCUUCCCUGUGUCAUGGGGUAAAAGCGUUCAUGAGAUUGAUUAUGAUCAUCAAACAACUCGGCCCUUCUGGUUUUUGGCCAGUGGAUGACUCCUGGUUCCAGUUUAAAGUUCUAAACAAUGUUUGUUGUACUCAAGGUUAUCAUGGAUGCGUGCAAAGACGUGUAACGUUACCUAUUUAAUAAACAAAUCAA